UCGGUUCCUCGCGCACUCCACGCGCCGUUCGGAGUCGCUGAUGCUCUGUGUUCCUGCCAGCGCUCCGGUAUCAUGGUGUCCACGGAACUCAACCUACAGCACAAUGGGCUCACCCUGGGGAAGGAGGUCGGCGGGGACGGGCUGGCCAGUCCGAGCAGUAACGGAGAGCUGGUGGUGACGGUGUGCGGGAGCCCGAGCGCGGAGCUGGCGGUGCAGGAGGAGACACAAGCCAUGCUGCUGCCGGCGGCGGCGCUGGAGACCCGGCUGUAUAAGCGGCGGUUCGCGGUGCUCGCCGUCUUCUCGCUGUACUCGCUGGUGAACGCCUUCCAGUGGAUCCAGUACAGCAUCCUCACCAGCAUCUUCACCGGCUUCUACAGGGUCCCCAACCGGGACAUCGACUGGCUCUCCGUGGUCUACAUGCUGGCCUACAUCCCGCUCAUCUUCCCGGCUACCUGGCUGCUGGACACCCGGGGGCUGCGGCUGACGGCGCUGCUGGGGUCCAGCCUCAACUGCCUCGGUGCCUGGAUCAAGUGUGCGAGCGCCCGGCCCGACCUCUUCCCCGUCACCGUGUUCGCCCAGGUGGUGUGCUCGGUGGCGCAGGUCUUCAUCCUCGGGCUGCCCUCCCGGGUGGCGUCCGUCUGGUUCGGACCCAAGGAGGUGUCCACUGCCUGUGCCACGGCCGUGCUGGGCAACCAGUUUGGCACUGCCAUCGGGUUCCUUCUCCCUCCUGUGCUGGUUCCACGGUCGGACGACAAUAAGGUGACGGCGCAUAACAUCAGCAUCAUGUUUUAUGGCACCGCCGCGGUGUCCACCCUUCUGUUCAUUCUGACUGUUGCAGUCUUUAAGGAGAAGCCCAAGGUCCCCCCGAGUCAGUCCCGGGCUGUCCUGCAGGACCUUUCUCAAGAGCAGUACUCCUACAAGCAAUCCAUCAUCAAUCUCUUCAAGAACGUCCCCUUUGUGCUGCUGCUGAUCAGCUAUGGGAUUAUGACCGGCUCCUUCUAUUCGGUGUCCACGCUGCUGAAUCAGAUGAUCACACAUCACUACGAGGGGGAAGAGGUAAACGCCGGCAGGAUCGGGCUCACCCUGGUUAUAGCAGGGAUGAUUGGAUCUGUCAUUUGUGGCGUGUGGCUCGACUAUACUAAAACAUACAAGCAGACCACGCUGAUCGUCUACAUCUUAUCAUUCAUCGGGAUGCUGGUCUUUACCUUCACCCUGAAUCUUGGGAACCUCAUUAUUGUGUUUGUGACAGGAGGAGCUCUUGGGUUCUUUAUGACGGGAUAUCUGCCAUUGGGAUUUGAAUUUGCUGUCGAGAUCACGUACCCAGAAUCAGAGGGCACAUCGUCCGGACUGCUCAAUGCUUCAGCCCAGAUAUUUGGGAUCCUGUUUACUCUGGCGCAGGGGAAGCUGACCACAGACUACGACCCUCGGGCUGGCAAUAUAUUCCUCUGUGCCUGGAUGUUCAUAGGAAUCAUUUUAACAGCUCUUAUCAAAUCUGACCUGCGGAGGCACAACAUAAAUUCUGGAAUAACAAAGUCAGACGUCAAGUCUAUACCUGUGGACAGUCCUGUAGAACCGGCGCCCAGUCUACAGUCCGCAACGCAGCUCUAGACGGCAGCUGGAUCCUCUCCCCGAGAUGCAGCGAUGAGACUCGUAUUUAGCACACUGUAUUUAUUGGACCUCCUAGUAUUUAUUUUAUUGCCUCCUUUUCUUGAGGCUUGUACUGCUUAACCACAAGAACCACAAACUUCAUCCAUCGUGCGGUGGUGACGCUGUUUGGAGCAGGGACUGAAAAAACGGUUUGGCCCGGAAUAGUUUUUUUUAUUUAAUUGAAAAUGGUUUGCCUUUUUAUUCUAUGAUGCAUAUUUGUUUUUUACAUUGUAUUUUUGUACAUCGGGGUCUGACAAUACUGCACAUGACAAUACGGUCUAGGUAGCAUUUAAUUUUCUUUAAGAGGGGACCAAAAGAUUUUGCUGCCUUGCAAGAGUGAGACUUGUGCUUAUAAGGAGGUUCUUCACCUAAAUUAAUUUUUUGAAAAGCCUGAUUUAAUAAUGCAUGCGUCGAGAGAUAACGGCACGACUGAUGGCCCAUUCACACGAACGUGUGCUUCUUGGGGUUCCGUUCCGUGCCUCCGCACCGCAAAAAGAUAGAACUUACUCCAUCUUUUUGCGGAAUGGACGGAUCGCGGACCCAUUCAAGUAAAUGGGUCUGUGAUCCCCAUGCGGCUGUGCCACGGUCGGAGCACGGGCUUCACACGGUCAUGAGAACAAGCCCUAAUACCGAGCCUCUGUUCCCCCUCCUCCACAGCCAGCUCGGGGACAAUACGGCUGUGAGCGGACAGACCAAACUGGUUGCCAUUAAUGCCUAGUUGCUAUGGAUUCUUCGCCUAGCAACUACAGCUUUUUUUUUUAUACGGGGCUAUCAGACAGAGCGAGCUCAAGGGCAAAUGGGAGCUGCCAGUCCGCAAACCCUGUUUUUUUUUAAUUGUCUCUUUUUAACCUCUUCACAACCAAAGCUGUAAUAGUACCGUGAAGGCAGGAGUCUCCAGCAGGACCUCUACCAUACUAUUAUGGCGCUCUGACCAGGUGGGCACUGCCACUGCUCCCACGUGGUCAAAAGCAGGACCGCAGCUGGAAUACACAGCCGCAGUCCUGCUCUAACUGACAUCUGUUGUUUAACCCCUUGUACAUCACAAUCUAAAAUGCUCACGGGGGGGAAGCAAAGGAAGGAUCACCCUUUGAUCACCUGACGGAGAAUCGCUGUGAUGCAAUCUAUACCCAUAUGGGUACUCAUGGGUUCACUGAAGGACUCUAGGUAUGCCCCGAUAAUAGCCUGUGCACAUACGUAAGUACACAGUGUAAUGUAUGUGCAGAUAUGUCUGGUACAUUGUGUAAAAUCCUGAAUAAUUAAAGAGUUUUCUGAGAUUUUUAAAUCCAUUUUCUGGGAUUUACAUAUUGAUGACCUCAAGGAAAGGUAAUCCGUAUGAGAUUGGCAAGGGUCCGACUCCCGGGACCCCUGCCGAUCAGCUAUAUGAAUUGGCUGUGGCGCUCCGUGGGCUCUUUAGGCCUCUUACUGGGUCAUGUGACGUCACGUUCAUUGGUCACAUGGCCCAGGUGCAGCUCGGCCCCAUUCAAGUGAAUGAGGCUGAGCUGUAAUACCAAGCAGAGCCGCUAUACAAUGGGCGGUGCUGUGUUUGGUAAGCUGCGAGGAGGCCGUGACACUCACUGGAGUGCUGUGCCCUUCUCAAACAGCAGAUCGGCAGGGGGUGCCAGGAGUCGGACCUCAGGUCAUUGUAUAAGAUUGGCAUCAGAAUGUAAAUCCCGGAGAACCCUUUUAAGAACUUGGCCCAGAGCAGGAAGCUUUGAAAAAGGGGAACCUUUUACAUGUGCUACUUUUCCAGUCUCCUCAUUGGGCCUGCCGCAGUCACAUGCCUUUCACCUGAUUGCUGCAGCCAAUCACUGGGCUCAGCAGUCACUUGCCGAUCCUGCACACAUGACCGGUAAAAGGUGAGCAUGAUGCAGGAGAAAUGUUAUUACAUUUUGGCAUUGUUCAGGGGUACAUAUAAAUUACUGUGUAAUUGAUAUCAUUGUCAUUUUUCUGCUGUUGAAAUAUAGAAAACAGCAAUUUUAAUAUUUUAUCGCAUUGGUUUCACACUAAACAACUUAAUAAAUGAAUACUUCAGGCUAUUAUGGGCAUGCAGAUACCUAAUAAUAUGUGUAAAAAAAAAUAAUAAUUUUUUUGUAUUUAUUAAUUUUUUUGGGGGGGGGGGUUAUUUAUAAACUUUUUGAAAUACCAUUAUGGGUUUUAUUUCAAAUGUAUAAUAUAUUAACACCCUCCUGUAUGUUGGUACAUCAUGCUAGCUGCAGGAUUGCUGAACAGACUGCCUUGGGGUCCUUUGUAGGUCCUUAGGGCUGACUGCAGAUGCCCUCCCCCCGCAGUCUGUGAUUGGGUCACUGGUAAACCUGCUGAUAUGAUGGGGUGGGGUCCCUUUUGAUGCCACGGUAAUGGACUGCUGCAGUCAAAGGGUUAACAGCUAAGCCGGAGUCUGUGCUAAGAACCGGAGUUGUAAGUAACGGCUCGGCCAGGGCGCAUGAGCGAGUCGGGAGCAGUUAGCUCCCUCAAAUGCAGGCAAACUGAAAGGUGUCUGUGCAAAGGCCCUACACCGCCUGCCGUCAAGACAUUGGAGGACCGUUAAGGGUUUCAGGUAAAUGGCAUUAAAAAAAUAUAUAAUGAAAAAAAAUUUUUUAGCAUGUCCAUCAAAAUAUAAAUGUAUUACUAACCUAGUCCAACAAAAAAACAAGGCCUCCUAAAAUAAUGUUGGCCUAAAGUUAAUAUAAUUAUGAUCGCCAUGCUGCUGCGGAUAGGUGUUGGCAGGACAAAACCUUUCCUUUGAUCUUUGAGGGGAAGAUCGGAUUUUGUGAUAAUGGAUUUAGGCGGAGAACCUCUUUAAAAAUUUGUAUGUAUGCUAUGUUCUUUGUGUGAGUGGUCAUACUGUACAGGGCGGAGUGGCGCAGACCAGACUGUAUUCUGGAGCUUUAAUUUGAGAAUGUGACCUAAAUCCCACUCACAUGUGCCAGGUUUACCCCGGUACCGGGGCAGGUUCCGCUGGGGGUUGUCGGUGUACUGUGAUUACCUUAUGUUGGGCUCCCUACAGAACUAAAACCUUGUAGACUUUUCCUAAUGCAGCCUAAUAGUUUGUAGAUUAUUACAAUCUUUGUCCAGGU